ACAAGGAAAUUCAGGCAGAGAAGACAGAGAAAGGCCACAGGGUUUUCAGAAACUAUUUCAUCGUGAUCUUACUUCCCUUUUGUAAAUAACCAUUGGCUUUUAAGGUUUCCAGACAAAAGUUACUCUCCCAGGGCUGAGAUUGUUUGGGUCUGAGAUGUUACCUCAGUGAUGGAGAGUGUGACUGGAACUCAAUACUUUCUGACAGUUAAUGCCCAAAGCCUGUGGGGUGGGAGGAGAGGGGACAUCUUGUGUAUAUGAGAGGAAAUAGAACAUUGAGGUCCCCUCAGUUCCCCCCACAGGAGGGGGAAAGAAGCAUUGCAGAAAGGAACGCAUUUUUCCUAAGUGGAAGAGUUUGGAAGUUCAGGUCAAAGUCAGAAUAUUAGAGCAGGGAGCUGUGCAUAUAUCACCUAGCACAAUUUUCUCAUUUUAUAAACUUUAUAAAUGAGGAGGCAAACCUAACAAGGUUAUAUGACAUAGCCCAAUUCGUGUUAGAGCAAAGGCUAAGAAUUAGGCUCAUGACUGGAGCGAAAAGGGCACCUAAACAUGAGUAUAAGGAAUAGGCCAUUCAUGGUGGUAUUUCCCACCUCCUAGUCCAGUGCCUGACACAUAGUAGGUGCUUCAUAAACAUUGGUCACAGGACUCACCAGUUGACUGACUUGACUGAAUGAAUGCAUGAGUGAUACAUUUCUACCUGUGUUUCCAAUAAAUACUGUCCACUUCAAACAGAGGACUAUAUAUUAUUUCACCAGAGACAGUAGAGGGCUCACUCUACUUGCCAAGAGACACUUGAUGAAGUAACCCUUUUCUUCCUCUGAUUAUUGCUUCCUCUUUGUUGAUGCGGACAGAAUAAAUGUCAGAGUCCUCACAGGAUGUGUGUGGUCUAGCAUAGGAGAGAAGCGGGGUUUCCUUUGCUGUCAUCGUAGACUUGACAGUGUUAAUAGAGGAGUGAUUGGUCGUCAGACAUCUGGUGUGCUGGGCCUGCAGUUGGGAGAGUGGCCACUGCUCCUGUGACUGGGGAGGAGAGACAGUUCCAGGAAGUACCCAGUUCAGCUGGAGAAUUAAAACGGCACCUAAACAGAGCCAUUCUUUGCCUUUUCUUCUUCAGAACCCAUGUUUUCACAUUUUUCCUUUGACUGUGUCCUGCUCUUGCUGCUACUACUUACAAGGUCUUUGGAAGGAGUAUACGUGUCUGAGGUGGGUCAGGAUGCUGAUCUGCCCUGCGCCUACUCUCCACCCACCCCUGAGGAUCUCGUGCCUGUGUGUUGGGGCAAGGGACCCUGCCCUUUGUUUCAAUGUCACAGUUUGGUACUCAGCACUGAUGGAAGGAACUUGACCUAUUGGACAUCCAGCAGAUACCUACUAAAGAGGAAUUUCCACAAAGGAGACGUGACCUUGACCAUAAAGAAUGUGACUUUAGCUGACAGUGGGACCUAUUGCUGCCGGAUCCAAUUCCCAGGCCUAAUGAAUGAUCAAAAAUCAAACCUGGAGUUGGUCAUCAAACCAGCCAAGGUCACCUCUGCUGGGACUCCAUGGAGGGACAUCACUACAGCCUUUCCAAGGACGCUCACCACCGAGGGACCUGGCUCAGAGACACAGACACUGGAGACCCUCCAUGAUAAAAAUCAAACAGAAAUAUCCACACUGGCUAAUGAGUUACAAGACAUGGGCGCCACCACCAGAAUAGGCCUCUACAUCGGAGCAGGGGUUUCUGCUGGGCUGGCUCUCGUUCUUAUCUCUGGUGCUGUAAUUCUCAAAUGGUAUUCUGAUAGCAAAGAGAAGAUACAAAAUUUAAGCCUCAUCACUUUGGCCAACCUCCCUCCCUCGGGGUUAGCAAAUACAGCAGGAGAGAGGACACAUCCAGAGGAAAACAUCUAUAUCAUUGAGGAGAACGUAUAUGAAAUGGAGGAUCCAUACAAGUAUUACUGCUCCGUCAGCAGUGGGCAGCAGUCCUGACAACCCCUGGGCUGUUGUCUUUCAACGCCACCAGAUUCACCACUUCCUUUUGGGGUUUGGUGUUAUCUUCUUUGAAAACUAUGAGAUGGCUCACCUGACUGGUUUUAGAGGUUCUGUCCUCGGCCACCGAGCAGAGUUUUUCCAUGUUCUAAAGAUAAGUAGCUCACCCGAGGAUUGAACUGGGACCAGCAUUGUACUUAGACAGGCACAACAUUACCUCUGUGUUCCCGCCACCCAACUCGGAGGCUGCUAAUCAGGGCAUUAGAGCUCAAAUGGGCUUUUAUAGAGAGUAGGAAUUCUUAAUAUGGGGUCUCUGGAAUUCCAGAUAUUCAGUUAUAUGGUGUGUCCGUGAAGCUUCUGAAAAUACAGGGGAAAUUAUGUGCUGAGAUACGUGCGUGUCUUUUUUGGUACAGGAAGUCUAAAGGGGCCGCCGAUUCUCAAAGAGCUCUGUGAACCAUGGCAGGUUCGGAAACUAUUGGAGUAGGAGUAGAUGGUCUUGAAGGUUCCCUUUGAGUCUCAAGGUUGAUGCUUCUUUGAAUGUUGACUCUGUGGCAGUAAGUGCCAGUGCACAGCUCUCCUUGGCCUAAGUUAAGAAGACUGCCCAGCAAGGCCUGUGGUGUGGCAGGUGCUCCUGGAGAAAGAGGAAGUAUGCUUAGUGUGUGUUGACAGGUUUUGCUUGGGGUGCACUCAGAGGGAAAGAUCUCUGACCAACUUCUCCAUUCAUGGAAAGAACUUGAGCUGUGUUUCUCACAAAAGAAGAAGUAGUGACUGGGACACAAAUUCUGUUUCCUGGUGGAAAGUAGGUAAAGGGCUCCAGCCAUCUGUAUUUGUCCCUGUCAGAUCCCCUGAUGGAAAGACAAUGGCCCUUAAGCUUCAGUUCCAAGAUGGUAGAGAGUAGGUCUAUCUUGCCUAUUUGCUUCCUCCCCAGUCUUGGCACAGCUCUGACACAUAAUACGGAUAGAAACUUACUAAACAUCUUUGGAGUGAAAAAAUUAAAGAAGCAGAAAGGUAGAUUUCUGGGAAGACUUUUCCAUUGGAGAGCUCAGACAGAGCUUCACUUGUUGGGGAACUCAAAAAUACUCCUAAGCUCCCUUUUCUGCUCUUGUCCAGCAUCUGCUCUUCUCAGCAUCCUUUCCCUCUCAGGCCCUUGGAAGUGUGUUAUUGUCUUUUUUCCCCUUUCUGCUGAAUGAAUCAACAAUAGGGACCUGUCGCUGCCUGAAAACUGCCUUCCCCAGGUGAUGACUGAGCUGCUACUGCGUUGCAUGCAGGAGAUGUUGGUCACCAAGGAUGCAGGCAGCCUGUCUGUUGCAGUGUUUGGGCUGCAUCUGGGCAGUAUUGGGAAGCACUGGCUUUCUACAGGGAGAUCAGUUUGCAAAGUUCCAGGCAGUAGCUUUUAAACAAGCUGAAAAAUUAAGUGUUUUAAAUUUAUGAAAUUCUAGAGGGAAGGGACCACAGAAAACAUAUGAACCAGAUUAAUGAUUCCCCCACAAAAGGGAUUCUUAUUCUGCAAAAAUCCUUACACAAGAAUAUAUAUACAAAGGCGAUCAUUGCAAUGGUGUUUGUGAGAGAUGUUUUCCAUCAGUUGGGGAAUAAUUGGUUAUUGUGGUAUGUCAACACACUGGCACAAGUAAAAAAUUAGGUGGCUUCAUCAUUGAGCUGUUUUGCUAAUUCAACAAAUAUUAAGUGCUUACUCUGUGCCAGGUUCUCUGGUGCUGGGAUCAUAGAGAGAGACCAAAUAGACACAUCCCUGACCCCACAGAACUUCUGAUUGAUCUGACAGGAAGGAUGAUUUCAUUCAGUCAGUCAUUCUUUCAGUGAACAUUUUUUGUCGACUGCUUUGUGCCAGACGCUGUUUUAGUUCCUAGAAAUAUAGCAGUUAAGGAAACAGACAAGAUCCCGACUCUCACAGACCUUGUGUUGCUUGUCAAAGGAGAAAUCUAUAUUGCUAAGUCAAAAGAAAAAAGAGUUCUAGAAUAGUAUAUAUAGUUAAUGCUAAUUUUUUUUUUUGCCUUUAAAUAAUCCAGAAGAAUAUUCCCAAAUUAAUAUGGUUAUUCCACAAGGGCAAAUAGUCAAAAGAUAGUUUCACUUUUUGCUUUUAUGUGCUUCUAUAAUUUGAAUUAUUUUAUCCAUUUUUUGUAAUAAAAAAAUAGAUUUAAAUACUGUAGCAAUGUUUUCCUGUCCACCCUCCUCCUCAUAGAAAGAAAUUAAGACUUGGAUAAGUUAAGUUCAAGGUCAAGGCGGGCAGUAGAGUGCGCCAGCACUCUAGACGUGUCUAGAGUGUUCCAGCAGAGAUUGGAACCCUGGUUUUCAGGGUAGGAUCCACUCUACAUCAAUUAUUUGUAAUACAGAAGAUGGCAGAAAGGGUAACAAACUAUCAAGCUACCCCAGAGGGUCUGGGCAAUGGCAAGUGGUCACUUAAUUAAAAACAAUGUAAAAAGAUUGAAUGUGUGGUUUGCUCUUAGAAGUGCUUAGGAUUUUUCUCCCAGAGCUCUGCCAUAGAGACCCACAGUACAAGAAGAGGCUCCUUGAUCUCUUCAAACUGAAAAAUUAAGGUCUUACCGUGUUUUAACUGCCUAUCACUUCUAGUGUUAGAAUUCCCCAGGCAGAAAUUCCAAGUGGUUUAACCUGUCAUCAAUUUAUUUGGGGGCAUCCCUUCAUGCCUAGUCCCAUAUAAAUUUAAUUCUCAUUUAAGCUUGAAUUUUAAAAAAAACUGAAUACAAAUUAAUUUUCUGUCCAGAUUUCUACUGAGAAAGUCUUUCUAGAGGUAAGUAGAGAUGCCCUUCGUGCUGUAAUUUUUAAGAUUUUUGUCAUCCUUUUCUGGGGCUCAGUUGGGAAGUGGGAAAAAGGAGAGGGGCAGCUGGAACACUUGGUUGGAGGGUUCUCAAGCUUCAGGAGGGCUCAGAUUUUGGCCUAUUUUCAGUGGAAAACCUAUGCAGUGGAGCAAUAUGAGUUUCAGGAUUCUAGAUCCUGUAUCUUUUUUUUCAGUUGUAUUGACUAAUUAUAAAGGUCAUUCCAAGUCACUCUUUUAUUAGUAGUAGUUUUCUUUUGUAAAUUCUUAGUCAAACCCCUUCUGCUUAUGGUGUGCCUCUUUUUCCAGUGAAAGCAGUGAUGUUUAAAGAAAAAAAAAGUUAUUUAAGCUAUUCAGGUGUGGUGGUGGCACUGGGACAUCUGUUUAAAUACCCACAUUAUUUUAAUAUAAUUGUUUUGUGGAUGGGUCACCUUUGGAAAAUAUUUUAUUAUAGCUUUAUAGUCUAUACUUAACAACCUGCUUCAUGAUAAGUUGACAUGUCCUUUGUAAUUUCUACAUUUUGAAAUUGUACUUUUUCAUGCAUUUUACACCUAGUUUGUGUAAAAUAGAAAUAUUUCACACUCCAAUGCAGUGUUAUCUUCUUUUGGUCAGUUCUGAAAUAUCCUUAUAUCCAUAUAUCUAUAUUGAAUCUGUUUUAAAUUUUAUUACCCAGUUUUACUUGCCAUUCCUGUUAACUUGCAUGCAGAAUUUAGUUUUUAUUCUGGAAACCCUUAAGUAAAAAGUAACAACUGUAAAAAUAUAGGUGAAGGUUGCCAUACUAAUAAUGUAGAUUUUUUAUUCAUUUCUUUAUCCCAAAGUUCACCACAAGAUCUUAGCAAAAAUCUCUUGACCUUAAUCUGAGGGCUGAAGCAAGGAGCCAAUGGUGAGGGGCUUUGAAAGCUGCCAGCUGCCCAGGCCUCAGUGAAGUCCUCAGAGGGGUGAUGCCUUUCCUGUUCUCUCCAGCAAGCCUCCUACUCCAACAAAAAUUCCUGGUAGCUAAGCAGCAACCAGACAGCCUCUAACCACCAGGGAAGAAAGGAGUUUUCUGAAUAGAUGGAAUUUCAGGUGAGAACUAAGGAAUAUGACAUUUAGUUAUCCUAGCUGCCUUAUUUCAAGCAAAUGUGUUUACAAGGAACUCUGGGUGGGCAAGCUAACUUGGAGCCAAUUGCUUUACAGUACGUUGAGACUCUGAGUAAGAAUCUCUAAGCAGAAAAUACAUCUUGUUAGAGUGCUUGUUUCCCUUUUUUUUUUUAGGUUUUUAUUUUGAAAUAAUUUGAGAUUUGCCGAAAAAUUGCAAUGAUAGUACAAAGAGUUCCUGUAUUCAGCAGUUUUUUCAGUUAACAGCUUAUAUAACCAUGGUACCAUUUGUCAAAACUAAGAUCUUAACAUUGGCACGUGACUAUUAACUAAACUACAAAUUUUGCUUGGAUUCCUACUACUGGCUUUUAAAUUUUUAAAUUAAGUGCUUUUUGAAAAAUAGAGUUUAAAUUCAAGGUGAAAGUCCCUAUUCCGUGUCCUCUCUAUCAAAAUUUCUCCCCAGUCCUACUCCCCAGGAACAGUCCUUCUAGGCCAGUAGAAAUACAGUGUUGUUGUUGUUUUUCAUUUUAAGUCUUCACAAUCCAGUGAGUGUUUUCCAUUUAGAGCACAUCUCCAUUCUGACUAGUCACAUUUUAAGUGCUCAACAGCCACAUGUCGCUAUUGGCUCUAGAAUUAGCAAAGUUCUGGGCCAUUCUCUAUUUUUUGUCUCAUAUACAGACACACACACACACACACACACACACACACACACACACACGCACACACGGUAACCUAAUUUCUUCCACUGCUUAUAGAAGACCAUCGCUCCAUGUCAGAAUGGGACAGCAGCCUUUACUUAGAUAGCUAUGUAGUAUUAAGUAGAACAAAUGUGCAUAACCUAUUAAAUCACUUUUGCAUGCAUAGAUGUUUAGUUGGGUUUUUUCCACCCCCCAUUUCAAAUAAGGCUGCAAGGAGCACCCUUUAUUCAAAAACCUAUGUGCAUUUGUGUACUUCCAAUGUAUAUGAUUCUGGAUAUGGAAAUGCUGUGUCAAAAGAUGUGAUUGUAUUUGAAGUAUCAUGACAAUAGAACAGUAGUAUAUACAUAUAUAUAUAUAUAUAUUUUAACAUCUUUAUUGGAGUAUAAUUGCUUUACAAUGGUGUGUUAGUUUCUGCUUUAUAACAAAGUGAAUCAGUUAUACAUAUACAUAUGUCCCCAUAUCUCUUCCCUCUUGUGUCUCCCUCAGAACAGUAGUAUAUUUUUGAACAAAUAUACCAGUCAGUGUAUUACUAAAUGCAUAUUAUCUUUCUCAAGGCAGUCAUUUUAGAAAGCAAUUUAUUUCAACAGUGUUCCUUUCACUCAAAGUAAUUUGGUUUUGGUUUUUGAAAUUUGACUGAAGAAUCAGUUUAAGCUAAAAUAACUAGGCCAAGUGACUCUCGUAGGCCUUAUUCCUUUGUAGUCACAUUUAAUAUUUAUUCACUCAUUUAUUUCCUCCCUCCCUACUCCCCUCCCUCCAUUCCAUCCAUCCAGUUCCACUUUUGCUUUCCUAAUAGUUUGUUCUCCUCACACAGCAGCCUAAGUAUUUUCUUUAUCUUUUUUAAAACUCAUCAACCAGGUUCAAAUACUCUGUUAUUUAAAACCUUUCAACAGCUCCACCAGGGCCUGAACUUUCUUCUGACCUCACCAACCCCUCCUUUUUUUGUUGUUUCAUCAACACUGGUUUCCUUUCUGCUUCUAGAACAGACCAAGUUCUUUCCGGUUCCAGCACCUUUUUUAGUGAACUUGUGUCCCUCUGUUUAGAAUGCUUCUUUCAGACUGUUUGCAGAGCUGCCUUUCUCAUCUUUGAGAAAUAUCAUCUUAAAUAUCAUCUAAGAGCUUUCCCUGAACACCCUAUCAAAAGUGCCAACCUGCCCAUCUCUAUUCUAGUUUAUUUGCUACGUAGUUUGUUUGAAUCUGAAAUUCUAAUUGUUUACAUUUUUGUGAUUUGUCUCCCCCAGCCCUCAACUGGAAAGUAACUGUCACUUAUCUUAUAUCUUAAGGACCUAGUGCAAUGCUUGACCUGUAGUGGGUGCCAAAUAAAUAUUUGUAGAUGGAUUGAAUGAAUGAAUGUAUGCCUGCUGUACUACAGACUCAAGCCACAAUACAGGCACCACAGAUACUACAAAGAUUUGUUUUUCCUUCAAGGAAGUCAGAGUCCAUCAGGACAGCAUGAUGGCCAAGCAAAUGAUUAUAAUAAAAGGCAAUAAGCUUUGGCAGACCUGCAUACUAGAUUCUGAGCGAUGCAGAAAAGCAGUUUUUGGUGAUUUCUUUUUCUUUUUCCUGAAAAUACUAAUCCUUGUCUUCACCACUUCUUUAAUUUAGCUCUGUAAAAUUCCAGCUGACUCUCAUUGAAUAAGGAUAGCCUGGCACAUAGCAGACGCUCAAUAAAUAUUAAUUGGGUGAAUGAAUUAAGUGAUACAGGUGACAUGGAUUCCAACAGCGGACCUCCAAAAACCAUAUAGUGACCCAAUGUAUUUCCUACUUUGUAGAAAAACAUGUGAUUUGCAGUGUAAGCCCUUGUAUAUUUAUUAAAGCAUUAUUUUAUAAUCGUU